ACCACGGUCACAGAAUGACAUCGACGGUCACGGUGCAAACUAUGUAGUUCAGUGUUCCCGUUCGCGACUCUGUGGUGUGUCGAUAUAGACUUAUCUGAAUCGUGAAAAUGAUGAUGAUGGACGUGGGUAUGUACGGUCACAAUCAUCACGGCAGUUCCUACAAUCCAGACCCUAACUUUUUCGGGUACACCGACGGGUCCAACCAGCAUGCUGGUCACUACCCUUCGUAUCAGUAUGAAGACCAGCAGUUUCUGUAUCCGUCGAGUGAAGUUUUAGAUACACCGCCAUCUCCUAGCGAUCUCAACUACUACCCUCAACCGGUGCAUCCCGAAAACCCUAUUAUCAACACGGAUACCGGGCUAAGUUACACGAAUCUAGACUAUGGACAUUCUAACCCCUCGUACCCCACUAACUAUGAUCCUUACCAAAGAGGUCCUCAAGAUGUGCAUCUACGACACCACGAAGAUGUGGCUAGUGCUAACGGACAUGUUUAUACCGGUGAAAAUAAGUACCAUCUGGCGCAUGAAGUGGGGUACCAUCCACAUCUUGUGUCGGCAGGUAGUACUGCGAAUUCUUGCAUGGAGUACCAGCAUCUCCAGAGAUACAAGGAGGACGUGGAGAGUGACAGGAUGAAAAAUCAUCAUCUGCAGCAUCCUAUGAAUGCUGGGCCGACGCAACAACCCAGUCUGCCGACGUAUAAGUGGAUGCAAGUGAAGAGGAAUGUUCCCAAACCAACAGUUCCAAAAGUACCAUCUUCAAACAUGGCCGAUUUUCCCCUUUCGUCAGUGGCGUCCUCUUUAAUGGACUCAUCAAACCCUGCCUCCAGAAGCUCCUGCCUUGGAUCAAACGCUUCUAGUAUGCUAGGUCUGAAUUGCCUCAACACCGGAAGAACGAAUUUCACCAACAAACAACUGACAGAACUGGAAAAAGAAUUCCAUUUCAACAAAUACCUUACCAGAGCUAGAAGAAUAGAGAUAGCGUCAGCUCUUCAACUUAACGAAACCCAAGUGAAGAUCUGGUUUCAGAACAGAAGAAUGAAACAGAAGAAGAGGAUGAAGGAAGGAUUGAUACCCCCUGACAGUUCCAGCCUGAAUAGCAGCAACAAUAAUUCCCCAGGCACAACAACAUUGUUACAAAACGAAAUAUCUGGUAGCAAUGAUAAUAGCCAAGAAUCUAAUUGAUGAGACAUGCUUAUCUUGAUGUCUGAUUACCUGAAUAUUUAUAUUAUGUUUCGCUUCAGGACUAUUCCACUUUGUUUAUUUGGUCCGUUGGAAAAAAAUGAAUGAGCAAUUGUCCCUAUAUCACAAUGUCAUCAGCAAACAUAAAAAAAUUUAAGGUCGGCAAAAAACUAAUUCUAAUAGUAAAAACCACAAAAAAUCAAUAGUACCAUUCUAUUAAAACAAAAAUUGUACGAAUGAGCAUUUAGCCUUCCUCAUAAUCUGCACAUUUUCAUCCAACCUUUUAUGGUGUACUGAAGAGAAUAAAAAAAUUUCAUUGAGAUGUUAUUCCAAAAUAGUUUGCCGAUCAAGCAAUUAAUUGCUUACUGUUUUAAAGCCUUCAUUAGCUCUGAUUCUCUUUAAAUUAGGAGCAAUUCCAAUUGAAUAUUCUUUGAAGCAACCUCCAAAUUCGUGUUCAUGUUCUUUACAGAUGUAAAGCAGUAUAUUUCGAUAUGGUAGUUGAAUUCAAUUCUUUUUCAAAAAAUUCUUAAUAUUCGAAUGUUAAAUUCGCGAAAUUUUCCAUUCAAAGGAACGUCUGGCUUGAUUCCAAAAUCACUUCCUGAUGGUAAUCAAUCAUAAUUAGAUUCUCUAAAAUUUGACUAAUUCAAAUUUAAAAGAAUUUAUCUUCAUGGAAAUUACUUCGCGAAAUUCGUACUGAAACGUUUGUUCUAAAUUGCAAAAAAGUUUUCGCCCAACGUGGGGCUCGAACCCACGACCCUGAGAUUAAGAGUCUCAUGCUCUACCGACUGAGCUAGCCGGGCUGUUGAGUUUUUAAGGAGAAACCGAUAUUGUUAGACACAGUUCUGUCUUAUCAACUCAAAAUUCCGAAAAUCUAGAAUAUAAUGUAGAAUCAAACUUCAAAUAUGAAAAUUUCAUGAAAUAAUGUAGCUUUUCAGGAUCAUUGCGAAGCUUAUUUGGGUAUAACCUCCGAUUAAUAGAAAUAUAAAGAUUCCUAUAUGGAUAUCAUUAUUUAUUCAAAUUCCACUUAAAAUUAUCCUUAUGAGAACUUCAAAUGAACACAUAAUUAAAACAAUUUUCUUCCAAUCACAUUAGACCAAACGUAACUACUUAUUUAGAAUAGUCUUAAAUUUAAGUCAUAUCUUAUUAUUACAAGUGUAUUAUAUAAUUUAUUUUAUUGUAUAAAUAUGUACAUAACAUUACUAGGAAUAUACAAAGGAAAACAAAGACUUAAAUGGUAAUUAUGUUUCAAAUAAUUUACCUUAAAAUUGUUAUUAUAAAAUAAUAUAAUAGGUUAGAUCAUUAUAUGUGCUCUUAAGUAAAAUGCAGUUUUUUUCAAGGCAGUUUCAGUGUGAUCAGAACAUUUUUGGAGUGCUUUUUCAAAUUAAAAAUAAUUCUGAACUUUGAACUGUUUCAUAAUAUUCAGAAGAAUGAUAUUUCCCUCAUAUGGGAAAUUAGGUACAAAUUGAUUAAUAACGAUGAUUCAAUCUUAUUAUAUCGAAAAAAUACAAGAAAAUAUAAUGAAACUAUUAUUAAUGUAGGAAAUAAAAUGUGAAAAACUA